UCCCUCAUCCCCCAGCCGCCGCCCCUUCUGCCUCUCUUGCUUCGCUCGCUGCCGCCGCCCACCCCCCUGCCCUUCUCCUUCUCCGGCCUCCUUGCCUCCGUCGGACCUCGGAUCGUCGCUCGCUGGCGCCGACUCGGCCUAGGCCUCGCUCUCGCCGCCUCGCCAGUCGCCCCCUUGGCCCCUCGCCGGUCGCUGGCUCUCCCAUCGUUCUCUCGCUUGCUGGCUCUGUCGACUCUCUCGCUCGUUGAGAUCGAGAGAGAGAGAGCGCGCGCGAUUAGGGAAGGUGCUAUUUCGACGUGAUAGACAGAAUUUGUGUAGUAUAACGUCACGAAGGACACGAUGCACCGUGUUGAUGAAAUAUAACCAUUCAAGAUCGAGAAGCUUGGUGGCGUUGGAGUUUCUUGCUCAUUGAAUUGAGUUAGAGGACGGGCUUGAUUAGGUAAAAUGAAUAGAAGUAAAGCUUCAUAUAACUCCAGAACAAAAGAGAAGCACAGCUUUCAAAUCAAGGAAUCAAAACAUGCACUGUCUGAGGAACAGGCAGAAGAACGAGUGGAAGAGCCUGUUGUUGGGUGUGGCCCUCAUACUUCUCUUAAGAAUGAUAUUGAUGAUGAGCUUGAAGAAGAUCCAGAUGAGGAUCCUGAAGAGGAUCCAGAAACGGAACUUGAAGAAGACUCAGAAUUGGACCCUGAAGAAGAUCUAGACGAGGAAUCAAAUGUUGGAUCAGAUGAAGAAUUAACUGAGGAACCUUCAGCCUGCAUUUCUCCAGUACCGUUUUAUUGGGACCAUGAUGGGACAAAACAACCAGUUGAGGAUGCUUCAAAGGAGAUUGCAUCUGAAUUUUCUUCUCAAAGGGACGCUGUUGGAACUGAUAACAAAUCAGGAUCUUACCAUGAUAGUUCAAAAGAAAAGAAGAGACCAUUGGAUGCAACAGUAUGCAAUUCAGAUACGAUUCAAGUUCACCAGUUGCAGAAGAAGUUCAGACAGGAAGAACUGUUUAAAGAAGAAUCAGAUGGUGGGUCUUCGGUUUCAGAUCCCCAUGGUAAAGCUGUUGUUUCUACAAUUUUAGAAGAUGAAACUGCUGAUAAGCAACUGGAGCAUGCUGGAAGUUCUGGAAAACGGAGUCGCAGUAGAUGGGAUCAGCAGCCUGAACAGGUUGAGGAAAGUGGUGCUGCUAGACAGACUGGUAAAAGAAGGAAAACCAGGUGGGUUAGCGAUCUGUCACAGUUAAAAAUGCUUGGCCCUAUCCAACUUCCUGACUUUUUCAAAAGAUCUCUUGAAUCUGGGUUGGAUCACCAGAUUCAGAAGUUGAUGGAGAGACUCCACCAAAUAAACAGCAAGCUACGUAGUUCAGAGCUGCAUGAUGAGAGACCCGAGGAAGAAAGAUCUCCCUCUCCCCAGCCAGAGUACAAUAAUCUUGGUAUAAGAAUAAAUACACGAGAGGUGAGGCUCCGGAACAAACUAGUCAAAGAACGCCAAAUUAUCAUUUCUAAGUUGAUUAAGAAGAAUUCAACUUUCAAUACUCCUCCUGGUUACAAGCCAGAAAAGCUCUUUAAAAAAUUGUAUGUACCAGUGAAGGAAUAUCCUGAGUACAACUUUAUUGGUUAUAUAAUUGGUCCAAGGGGAAACACGCUAAAGAGAAUGGAGAAGAAAACUGGUGCUAAGAUUCUACUGCGGGGUAGAGGCUCCCAGAGAAAAUCAGUGAGACCAGAAGACGAUGAAGACUUGCAUGUCUAUAUAGAGGCACUUAACCAGAAGUCUUUGGAUGCAGCUGUAGGAAUGGUUGAGAAAAUGCUAAUUCCGGUAGAUGGAAUGAGUGAUCGCAAACGAGCCCAACUGCAGGAGCUUGCAAAACUAAAUGGAACAUACAAAGGUGAGAACUACUGCAACGUGUGCAAGGAGGAAGGGCACAAACAGUAUGUCUGCCCUCAGCAGCCGCAGUCAACCUUUAAAAUGAUGACUGCUUGUUCAACUUGUGGAAGCUUUUGCCAUCCAGCCUUUGGUUGUCCCUUGAUGGCUUCACCGCAGGAUGCUAACGUUUUGUGUCAUUCUUCUGAGCUUGGGGCUGGUUCAAUUCCAAAGGCAAGAAGCAAACUCAACAAAGAAAGCCAUGAUGCGAGCCUUUACGUUGGUUAUCUUCCUCAGGAUUUUGAUGAUGGUAGGUUGAGAGAGCUCUUUUGUCCAUUUGGCAAGAUCAUUGACGUGAAAGUGAUUAAAGAUUUCAGCAGUGGUCUCAGUAAAGGUUAUGGGUUUGUUAAUUUUGAAAGUCCCACUGAUGCUGCCAUGGCAGUGACCCAUAUGAAUGGGCGCAAAAUGGAGGGGAAAAUACUAGCAGUAAGGGUGGCUGGCCGUCCACCACCACCACAAACAGGAUUGCCUGCAUUAAGCCACUUUCCAGUGCAUCCUGGGCCGCCAGUUUUUUCUACCUGUCUCACCAACCAGACGGCUUGGCCUGGCCCAUUUGGAUCAGCCCAGCCUGAGCCACAAGGCUCCUUUCCCAGAAUAAGUGAGGGCUUCAGCAUGCCUUCCUCCAUCCCAUUCGGACAUGACAAUCACCUUCUUGAAGGUCAAGCCAUUGGUAUCCCCCCACUUGUCUCGUGCCACGCGAGUUUGAAACCUCCAACUGCAAGCAACUCAGCAUCCUCUCACGGAGCUUCCAGCUCGACCACCUCUGCAUCCCAUUGCUUGCCAUCACAAUUUCCUGGUGAUCCUGACUACCCUGGGUCCCAAUUCCUACCAUAUUUUGCCACACCAACUCGGAGGCCAUCUCCACAGUUCCAUAUCAGUCAGACAUCUGAAUUCCCGCAAACCAUUUUUGAUCAAAACAGACGAGGCUCAACCUUUUACCUUCCUAGAUGAGAAAUGAAGCUGGGAUGCAUGAGUUUCUUGGAGAAGAAUGCCCGUGUGGCACUUGGAGAAAAUGUGCAUGAACAUUGUUGAUUCUAUACGGUGAGUUUAGACCAUCAUCUUCUUUUCUUUUUUUUUUUCUUUUUUUUGUUUCAAUGGGGAUAUGCACUCGCUGGAGAUUGUUUGUAUGGUUGUUUGUUUCAUCCAGUUAUGGCCGUCGAUGUUAAAACUCUGUAGAUUUGAUAGAUGUAAUGUACAUCUUCUGCCGAAGAUGUUUAAUAACCAAGUAUGAAAUUUCUCCUUUUGUUUAGGCUUCAGUAACAGGAAAGUGGGGUUUUCAACAAUCAUCCCACCAUAACAGGAAAAUAAACACAUGAUGGCCUUAUGCCAUAAAAGUUUCCAUUCAUUUGUCACUUAAGGUCUUCUCUGAUGCUAGCUAAGAACAAUCUCAACUCUCUUGACUUCUUGGCAUGAUCAGCAGACCCUUCAGUUUCGAUUCACUCGAGUCAAUGACAUCGAUACAACAUUCAAGACCAGACUGUCACCAUUUUUGACACCAAGAGGCAAUGCUGCGGUGGGGAAGGGCUCAAGAGAUCGAUGACCUCAGUUGCGGAGCACUUGAAACUGUGGAGCAGCUACCGGAGGCAAUGUUCUGCUUUAUUUGGCGUCCUGAGUCUGCAGGGCACAACAGGCUUUGAUUUAACAGAUCAACUUUUGCUACAUCUUUGUUCCUUAAUAUUGCUUCCAUGCACA